AUGACUCCAAGAAACUUAACCACUGAUCGAUCAGCCCUGCUUGCUUUCAAGUCCCAUGUCGUCGCUCCUUACAAUAUCUUGACAUUUAACUGGUCCAUUUCAGCUCCAGUCUGCACCUGGGGAAAUAUUCCGUCCGGGAUUGGGAAGCUUAUGAAUUUGAAAGAAUCGUAUUUGGGAAACAACAACCUUACAGGUCCGAUUCCUGAAGGAAUCUACAACAUUUCUUCUCUGAGGACUGUUGAUUUAAAUUCCAAUAGCUUGUCUGGGAGUCUACCGGAGGAUCUGUGCAGUCGUUUUCCAAAACUUGAACGGCUUUUUCUGUCGUCAAAUGGAUUAACCGGCCGACUUCCACCAAGUUUAGGUGACUGCACCGAGCUCAUUGGCUUGUUAGCUCCUUCCAAUCACUUCACAGGAGCCAUACCAGAAAGUAUUGGAAAUUUGACUGGGCUUCUGGGUUAA